GUAGGCGGCUUCUUGUCAGCCAACCAAAAUUCGUCCCACCUUAUCCAAACUCAUUUUAUAUCCUUCGGACGAAAAAGUGACGUUUUGAUCUCCCUCCUCCCUCCUCUUCCUUUUCCCAAUCCAAUCCCAUAAACAGCACUGUUUUUUGACUUCUAGAUUGUGGGAGGCUUAGCAAUGGCCAUAGCAACAGCUGCCCUCGCUUCAGCAACGGCCACCGGAGCUAUGAUGAGCUCCGGCGGGAAGACCCAGAAGAGAAUGAACAAGGUGGCGUACAUAGGAGCGCUGAAUUGUUAUGGAGGUCUUAAAGCUCACAACAGUUUGGUAUCUCUUGGCUUGCCCGUAUGCACUGAGCAGUGCUUUGCUAAGGUGGUCGGCUCAUUGAGAGCGAGGAGAGGUGGAGGAGCACUCUCCUCUACGUGCAAUGCUGCGGAUGAGAUAUUCAAGAUUGCUGCCAUAAUCAACGUUCUUACACUCAUUGGGGUUGCGGUUGGAUUCAUUCUUCUCAAAAUUGAAGCAUUUGUUGAGGAGUCUGAAGAGUAAAACGUUUGCUGGAGAAAGAUGGAAGACGGAAUACUAGCCAGUAGCCACACCGUUGCUGAUAAUCGUCGAAUGUCUCUCUCUCUCUAGCUGUAUGAUCAUGCUUAGUAGUUCUUUGAAGCUUUAUUAGGCUGCUAUAUAUAUUUUACGCAGAGUAGCCUUGUAUCUAUCAAAUUUUGACGUGUAAGAGUACCGACAUUAGCUUUCCUAAAUUUUUAUCUAAAUAAAGGGCAACCAAGUUACUCUUUUCUAUUUUA